ACUAGGCUUUCGAGCUGCCCGCCAUCCCGCCCGCUUUGCGCAGGCGUACUCAGGGGCGGAAGCCGGGGCCCGGGAGCCAAGUGGGAUCAUGGAUGGUUGGAGACAGAAUCUAGAGCCUUCAGAUAAUGUGGAGAUGUUUCGACCUUCAGGUUCCACUAGGCUAAUUCCCCCAUCCCACUUCCAAGCUCGGCCCCUUCCGACUGUGCCAAGAAUGGCUCCCACCUGGGUCUCAGACAUUCCCCUGGUCCAAUCCCUGGCCCAUCAAGACAUCUCAGAGAGGCGGCUAGACAACCAGAGACUGCAGGCGGGCAUGUGGGAACGGGAUGCUUCUGGCGAUGGACAGGAGCCUGCACGGAGAGACAGGUCCCUGGACUUACAAAGGUCACAGGCCCUGAGCCAGCAGGCCGAGCUGAUCUCCCGGCAGUUACAAGAGCUGCGGCGACUUGAGGAGGAGGUGCGGGUCCUGCAGGAGACCUCGCUGCAGCAGAAGAUGAGGCUGGAGGCCCAGGCCUUGGAGCUGGAGGCUCUGGCACAGGCAGAGAGGGCCGGCCGAGCUGAGGCUGAGGGCCUGCGCGCUGCCUUGGCCGGGGCCGAGGUCAUCCGGAAGAACCUGGAAGAGGGAAGCCAGCGGGAGCUGGAGGAGGUUCAGAGGCUGCACCAAGAGCAGCUCUCCUGCUUAACAGAGGCUCACCAGGAAGCUCUUUCCAGUUUGACCAACAAGGCUGAGGGCUUAGAGAAGUCUUUGAGUAGCUUGGAAGCCAGGAAGGCAGAGGAAGCCAAGGAACUGGCCAUGGCCCAGAAGGAGACUGAGAUGCUGCAGAAGCAGCUAAGCAAGACCCAAGAAGACCUGGAGGCUCAAGUGGCUCUGGUUGAGAAUCUAAGGAAAUAUGUGGGGGAACAAGUCCCACCUGAGAUCCGCAGCCAGACACGCGAUUUGGAGCGACAGGAGCUUCUGGAAACCCUGCAGCACCUGCAGGAGGACCGGGAUGCCCUGCGCUCCACCGCAGAGCUGCUGCAGGUGCGGGUGCAGAGCCUCACGUACAUGCUCACCCUGCAGGAGGAGGACCUGGCCAGGAAGGUUCAGCCUUCAGAGUCCUUGGAGCCCGAGUGUAUUAAGAAGGUCCAGUCCUUGCUGAACUGCUGGCGGGAGAAGGUGUUUGCCCUCAUGGUGCAACUGAAGGCCCAGGAGCUGGGGCACAGGGAAUACAUUGACCAGCUGAAGGGACAGGUGGCAGAGCUGGAGGGGAGAGUUGCAUCCCAGAGCCAGAAGGAGGCCAUCCUACAGCGCUCCCUGCAGGAUAAAACUGCAGAGGUGGAGAUGGAGCGAAUCAGCGCCAAGGCCCUGCAGGGGGAGCUGAGCCGGGCUCAGGAGGCCAGGCGCAGGCAGCAGCAGCAGACAGCUGUGGCUGAGGAGCAGCUUAAGCUUGUGGUCAAUUCUGUGAGCAGGUCUCAGAUGUGGCUCCUGAGCACCGUGGCUAGGGUGGAAGAGGCCACGUCCCAGCUCCCCAGCCUCAGCAACCGGCUCAGCUAUGCUGCCCGCAAGAUCCACACCAUUCAGGGUGGGUCCGGCAGCCACAGCUGCAUCCUGCCCAGCCCCUCCGGCGCUUGCCCUCUUCUUCCUGGCCCAGCUCUCCCUCAUCCCUCAUCUGUCCUCCUUCCUCUCUCUCAUCAGUCUUGGCAUCUCUUUUUCUCAAAAUCCCCACCUUCCCUUUGCUUUCCAGAAAACUCAUCUCUCUGUUGCUCUCUGCCCUUUUCCCUUCUAGGCCUGAUGGCUCGAAAAGUGGCCCUUGCCCAGCUGCGUAAGGAGAGCUGCCUUCCACCCUCACCCCCACACCCACCCCCACCCCCCACAGAUGUGAGCCUUGAGUUGCAGCAGCUGCGGGAAGAGCGUAACCGCCUGGAUGCAGAACUGCAGCUGAGUGCCCACCUCAUCCAGCAGGAGGUGGGCCGGGCCCGGGAGCAGGGGGAGGCGGAGCGGCAGCAGCUGAGCAAGGUCGCCCAGCAGCUACAGCAGGAGCUGCAGCGGACCCAGGAGUCCCUGGCCAACGUGGGGCAGCAGCUGGAAGUGGCUCGCCAGGGCCAGCAGGAGAGCAUGGAGGAGGCGGCCAGUCUCCGACAGGAGCUAACCCAGCAACAGGAGAUUUAUGGGCAAGGUGGGGGGGAGGGGUGUGGUCGCCACUCAGGGGUUGGAGGCUGCAGGCCAUGGCGCCUCCUGACACACCCCAUCUGCACCUCCACCCCAGUUCUACAAGAGAAGGUGGCCGAAGUGGAAUCGCGGCUACGGGAACAGCUAUCAGAAACAGAGAGGAGGCUGAAUGAGGCUCGAAGAGAGCACACCAAGGCUGUGGUGACCUUGCGCCAGAUCCAGCGCAAAGCUGCCCGGGAAAAGGAACGGAACCAGGAGCUCAGGCACCUGCAGGAUGAGGCCCGGAAGGAGGAGGGGCUGCGGCUGACCCGGCGCCUGCAGGAGCUGGAGAGGGAUAAGAACCUCAUGCUGGCCACCUUGCGGCAGGAGGGUCUCCUCUCCCGUUACAAGCAGCAACGGCUAUUGGCACUUCUUCCUUCCUUACUGGAUGAGAGGAAAUCCAUGGAGUCCAGCUUCAGGCCUCCAGGGUCUUCAUCACCCUCGGCUCCCUUGGCCCCUUCCCCUCCAGCAGUGGCAGUCUCCCCCAGGGACUCAAAAAAAGGGUCCCUCUGUGCCCUGCUCGAUGACCUUCAUGGCCUGAGUGAAGCCAUUUCCAGAGAGGAAGGUAUUUGUCAAGAAGACAGCCAGAACUUUCCUGCUUCAGUCGGCUGCUGAGCAGCUGUGAGCCUGAGGGGCAGCCAGCCUGGGGGAGCCAGGAAGGUGUGGAGAAGUGGGGCAGCCAGCCAGCCAGCCCAGCCCUCUUCCCUGUAUAAGGGCCGCCACUAAGAGGUCUGUGAAUCCUCUUGUGCUCAAUAAAGAUGAUGAUGGUCAGAGACGUUGCUUGGAAGUAUAGUCUCUGGGAAUAAAAGGGAAUUCUCCCUGCAGCCAUCUCUUUUCCUGGAGGUGUGAGAAGUGGCCUCCCAGCUUUUUCUGCAGACUGUCUUUUUCAAAACUCCCUUCUUUGGCUGCUUUGGAAGCUUUUGAGAAGCUUCAGGUUUUCUUUAUCUUACUCUUACCUCUGGAAGAUGAUAAAAUGCCAGGAGUGAGGAAGAUAAAGCAUUCCUUCAUUUGAGAGGAAUCUCACAUGCCAGGCAGGGUCCUAGCACUGGGGUUAAAGUGGUGGACUUGUCAGACAAGGUCCUUGCCCCCAUGGCAUUUAUGUUCUAGUAGGGAAACGAUAUUCAAGUAUCUAAAUGAACAGAGAAGAUCAUUUCAAACAUGAGUAAGUGCUAUGGAGAUGAAAUAAAAUAUAAUGUGGUAAAAACUGAUGGGGAAGGGACAGCAUUAGCUGAGGAGGUCAGGAAAGUUGAGAAGGGGGUAUCAUGCUGAGAUCUGAGUGGACUGAGGAAGCAAGCUCUGAACAUGUGGGAGAAGUUUGUGCAGAGGGAACAGCAAGUGCAAAGGCCCUGGGGCCAGGGGGCUUGAGGGUCCUGAAUGAGGGGGAGAGUGACAGAAGAUGCUGGAGAGAGAGGCCAAGACUGUGAUACAGAAUUUGGAUUUUAUUACAUCAAUAGGAAGCCCUUGGAGUAUUUUUUGAACAGGGAAGUGAUGUAGAUUUACAUUCUUAAAAGAUCCUUGGCUGUAUUGUGGAAGGA